UUUAGCGGUUUUCACCAAAAUAUAUUGCUGUAUCAUCCGGAUAACGAAACUUUUAAACUACAUCAAUCUAUUCUCUUUCAUCUGAAAAAUAUGUGCCGUAGAUAUGGAGAUACUUCAACUUGGGGAUAUAAACAUAAUUUUGUAAAAGGGAGUGCUUUGGGAUACAAUCAAGCAAGUAUUCAAGGAAAUUAUUUUAGUGGACAUCAGCAAAACUAUGGAUAUCAGACAGGCUAUGGAAAUCAACAAAUUUUUAGUCAUCAACAAGGUUUAGGGGAUUAUACAGGAAACGGGCACCAACAAUACACUGGACAUCUCGAAGGAAAUAUGAGAAUCCAAGGAGGCUCUGGAUAUAAUGAAGAAUCAAAGGAUACAUAAGAAGGAGAAUUUGAUGACUGAAAUAGUGACCGCUGGAAGAAGUUCUUGGAGGUUGGGAAUUCAGUCGAUGAUAAUUUAAAGCUUUUUGUU